AUGAAAGAAACUAAAAUAUUGAUCAAGUCAGUUAAAUUAAAAAACUUUAUGUGUCAUAAAAACUUCAAAAUAGACUUUAGCAAGCCAAUUACUUGUAUAGGAGGUGUUAAUGGUUCUGGUAAGAGUGCAGUUAUGAUAGCAUUGGGAAUAUUAUUUGGUAAGACAGCUGCAUCAAUGGAAAGAGGUAAUAGUUAUAGAUCAUUGAUAAGAAGUGAGACACAGAUGGCAGUUAUAGAGGCAACAUUAAAUAACUAUCUUAACUUAAAAUCAAGUUUUUAUCAAGUACCAUAUGGUGAUGAAAUAACAAUAAUUAAACAAUUACAUUUCAAGGGAACAACAGAUAUUAAGGUGAUAAUAGAGGGUAAAGCAAAGCGUUUAAAAAAAUAUGAAAUGGAUAAUAUUAUGUUUGAGUAUGGACUUAACUUAGCUAAUCCGUUAAACUUUUUAACUCAAGAAGAGUCUAAGAAAAUAUUAAAUGUUAAAAAAACGAGUGAUCUUUAUGAUUUCUUUUAUGUGGGAACAGAAUUUAAGAAGUUGGAUGAAGAUAUUCGUAUAUGUGGAAUAGAAACAAAAGAGAUGAUAUCCAAAAUAACAGAAACUAAAAAUAAACAAGUAAUUUUAUCAAAACAAUUAGAGGUGUUAAAUAAGAACAUUGAUUUUAUGAAUCAGGAUUAUGAAAGUUUAUUAGAACAAGUUCAUAAAGAAGAACAAUGGCAUUUAAUAUUUGAAAUGGAGAAUGAGAAGAAAGAAUUAGAAACAAAACUAGAUAGAUAUCAAGCAGAAGAAAAUAUUCUUAUAAAUAAAAUUGAUAAAAUUUCUAAAGAACAAACACCACAACAAAAAUUAGCUGAUCUAACAGAAAUAAACAAUAAAAUUGAUAAAGUUGAAGUUGAUUAUGAAAAACUAACUAAAGAUUAUAAAGAUAUUGUAAAUCAGUAUGAAGAAAAGAAAAUUCAAUUAGAAAAAGUUAGACAACGUUCUAAUAAAAAACAAUUAGAAGAAGAAUUUGAUGAAUUAACUUUUAGUAUAAAUGAAGCAAAAAAUAAAAUUAAAGAGUUUGAAAAACAGAAUGAUGAUUUAAAUGAAAUGGUUUAUGAGGAGAAUCUUAAUAAUCAAAAUGUAAGUAAAGCUAGUGAUUCAAUCAGAAGAGAAUUACAUUUAAUAGCCAAUAAUAAUAGUAAUAAUCCAGCACUUGAUAAAGUAUUAAAAAGUUUUAAUUUAAUUAAUGAAGAAAUUAAAAGAAUGUCUUUUAAAGAUGAAGUUAUUGGACCAAUUGUUGAUUACAUUGAAUUAAAAGAACAGAAAUGGUAUAAAGCAAUUAGUGGUUGUUUAUCUAAAUCACUUAAUAAUUACAUUGUAUUUAAUAUUGAUGAUAGAGAAAAGUUAAAUCAGUUAUUUAAAGAAAAAAAAUUACAAUUUCCAAUUUUAUUACUUCAAUCAAAAAAUAAGUUUAAAAAUUUAAGAGAACCUUCAUCUCAGUAUAAAACAGUCUAUUCGGUAUUGAAAAUAAAUAAAGAUCCUAUAGUGAAUGCAUUAAUAACCUAUCAUAAUAUUGAACAAAUCAUUCUUAUUGAAGAUAGACAGGAAGCUUAUAAAGUAAUUGAAAGUCAGCCAACAAAUGUAGAUUGUGCUUUUAUUCUAACAGGUGAUAGAAUCAAAAUGAUAGGAAAAUAUCUAUCAGAUAAUAGAGAUAGGGAGAUGGGAUUUUAUUAUUUUGAAGAUUCUAAGAGCAGAGAAAAAGAUUUGAAAAACCAAUUAUCAAAUCUUAAAACAAAGAAUGAAUAUACAAAUUUGAGAAAAGAAUUAGAAAAUGAGAUUCGUAAUUAUCGUAAUGUUGUAAGAAAUUGUGAAAAUGAAUUAAAGAGAGUAACUCCUGAAUUAGACAGUUUUAAAAUUGUAAGAGAUGAAGAUUUAGACAUGAUGGAAAGAAAGAUGCAAAUUAUUAAUAAACAAAAAACUAAUAUGAAGUCUAAAAAGGAAAUAUUGCAUCAAAAUUUAAUUGAUCUAAAAAAUGAAAAAUCAAAAAUAGAAUCUCAAAAUGAUCAAAUUAAUGAUCAAAUCUCUAAUUAUUUUAAAGUUAAAAAUCAAAUGAUUAAUGAUGUAAGAGUUGAAAUGAGAAUGAUUGAGGAAAAUAAGAGGAUAGAUCAAAUUGCAUUGGAAGCUAAGAAAACUAAAAUUGAAAUAAAAUCUAAAGAGUUAGGCGCAAGAGCCAAUUUCAGAUCUAAAGAUAAAUUAAUGGAAGAUAAAAUUUUUCUUAAGCAAAAAAUAAUGGAAGUUAAAGAACUUGGCAAUAAAGAUUUAAUGAUUCAAAAUAAAGAAAAAUUAACAGAGGAAAUUCUUUUAUUAACUGAUAAUAUCAAUUCCUUUGAUAAUUUAUUAAAUGUUACUUUAAAUACAAUUAAUAUGAGAGAAGAAAAGAGGAAUGAAAUAAUCAAUGUUAAAACUAAAGAGGCAAUAAGAGAGUUUAAUAUUCAAACAAAUAAAAGUGGAUAUGAUGGUAGUUUAGAAUUUGAUCAUGUUAAUAAGUUACUUGAUCUUAAAAUGAGAGUGCAUAAUUCGUCCAUUUUAGGAAACAAAAAUACAUUAUCAGGCGGAGAAAGAUCAUUUGCUUCAGUUUGUUUUUUAUUAAGUCUUUGGAAAAGUUUUGUAUGUCCAGUUAAAGUUUUAGAUGAAUUUGAUGUAUUUAUGGAUCCUCUUAAUAGAAAAAAUGCUAUUAAAGCUUUAUUUGAUUUUGUAAAAUAA